UGACCACGGUAGCACCUAAUUUUCGCACUUUAGGGCUAGGGAGAGAUCAUUCAGCUUACAAUUGCUUUCCCCUCCACUAUUCACAGUGCUUCAAAGCGCAGUAAAUGAGAAGGUGAACCAAAAGAAAAGAAUAAAUUGAAGCGGAAAAAAGGGAAGAAGAAAAUAAGCAAAUUCGAUAAUGGCGAUGGCAGCGCGUUUUAGAUCUGGCCUUCCUCUCCUCCGCCGAGCCCUUGCUGCCGGCAAUCUCUCAGCUGCCGAGAGAUCCGUCGCUCCGAUUGGCGGCAUCUGCCCGACUAUCUCGAAGCCCGAGUUUGCAAGAAGUUAUGCGAGUGGUCCUCCCGAAAAACAGCAGAAUAUCAAGGUUCCUUUGAAAUUGUUUGGUGUCUCUGGGAACUAUGCCUCUGCUCUAUACAUUGCAGCUGUUAAAGCCAAUGUGCUUGACAGGGUUGAGACUGAGCUGAAUACUUUAAUCCAGGCCUCCAAGAAUAGCCCGACAUUUUCUCAAUUCAUGAAGGAUUUAUCAGUUACUGCAGAUACAAGAGUGAAGGCUAUAAAUGACAUUGGUGCUCGAGCUAGAUUUUCGGAAACCAUGAAGAACUUCUUGGGUGUUCAUGGGCAACUUGUUCUUCAUCUUUCAGCUAUUGUUGCCGAAUCUGGGAGGCUGGGUCACUUGGAACGUAUAGUACAUAGAUUCUCUGAGCUGACUAUGGCUCAUAGGGGGGAAGUUAAAGCUACAGUGACCACUGUGAUUAGAUAUGGUUUGCAUGGAUUCACAGAUAAUAAAAAUGAAGAACAGCAGACAAUUAAACAACCAUCCUUUCCUAUUGUUCUCAUUUCGCUGUCUCGAGUAGUCGAGUAUUACAUGUUGAACACACUAGAUGGUUUAAUAUAUGUUGAAACAAACCACGCCUCCGUCGCCACAGUAUUUAGUGAGGAGCACAAAAAUAUUUAUACGCCACCUCUUCUUCUCGUUCCAUGUUCUGUGACCUGCAAUCUGGUGAUCCCAAUCUCAGCUUCUUUCUCAACAUAUCCUGAGCUCUUGUUUCUGCAGCCUUUACCUCCAGAAGAGGAGAAAGAACUGAAGGAAACACUGCAGGAUAUACUUGGACAAGGGACAAAAGUCAAGGUUGAGCAGAAGAUCGAUCCUAGUAUUCUUGGUGGGAUUGUGGUGGAAUUUGGGCAGAAAGUGUUUGACAUGUCUAUAAAGACUAGGGCUGCCCAGAUGGAGCGAUUCCUACGCCAGCCUAUCAACUUGGAUGGCCACUAAAAAAAUUAUGCUUUCAACUGGAGCAGUUAUGUUGUAGUGAUGCAUGCCUCUUUUCAUUUCAAAUUGUGAAGGGCUAGUAAGUUAAUGACGCUCGUUUUCCUUAACAUUGUUGCAGUGCUGCAUGCAAAUAAGAAAAGAUACUCACUCAGUCUUUGUUCUUUUUCGACAAGAUUUCUUUUACUGCACAUUAAAUCUCAUCUUAUUCAAUUGGGAAGACCCUUCUUUUAUGAUGAGAAUUGCAAUGUUCUAAGAACACUGGGAAUGCAGUUCUAAACUUGUUUCUUUCAAGAUAGUUUUUCUUGAGAUAAUUCAAAGUGGAUCAUAGUUUUAA